AUGCCUUUCGCUCAGCUGGUCAUCGGCCCCCCGGGAGCUGGAAAAUCCACAUAUUGCAAUGGUAUGCAUCAAUUCCUUGGUGCUAUCGGCCGGAAGUGCUCUAUCGUCAAUCUUGACCCCGCCAACGACAAGACUUCAUAUCCGUGCGCGCUGGACGUGCGCGACCUUGUAACGCUCGAGGAGAUUAUGGACGAGGACCAUCUUGGUCCCAACGGAGCUACGUUAUAUGCACUCGAGGAGUUGGAGGAGAAUUUCUCUUGGUUGGAAGAUGGGCUCAAAGAGCUUGGAGAUGAUUAUGUUCUUUUCGACUGCCCUGGACAGGUAGAGCUUUUUACACAUCACUCAUCUCUACGGAACAUGUUCUAUCGAAUUCAAAAGAUGGGCUAUCGGUUGAUAGUGAUUCAUCUCGUUGACUCGUACACAUUAACACUCCCAUCAAUGUAUAUCUCCGCUCUUCUUCUUUCCCUCCGCGCUAUGCUCCAACUCGACCUCCCACAUCUCAAUGUCCUCACCAAAAUCGACAAUCUCUCCAACUACAACGACCUCCCCUUCAACCUAGACUACUAUACCGAGGUUCAGGACCUCACCUAUCUCCUACCGCACCUAGAAGCCGAAUCCACGCGCCUUGCAAACUCCAAGUUCAGCGCUCUGAACGAAGCCAUCAUCAAUCUUGUUGAGGAAUUCGGACUCGUCUCCUUCGAAACGCUGGCCGUCGAAGAUAAAAAGAGCAUGAUGAGUCUACUUCACGCCAUUGACCGUGCGUCUGGAUAUGCCUUUGGACCUGCAGAGGGAGCCAAUGAUACUAUCUGGCAGGUUGCAGUGCGAGAAGGGCUGGGCCAUUCGGAUGUACGGGAUGUGCAGGAGAGAUGGCUUGACUCAAAAGAUCAGUACGAUGAGAUGGAAAGACAACAGUUGGAGGAUGAGGCUCGGAUGCGCGAUGAAGCGCAUAAAGCUGCUAACGGUGAUCCGGAUGAUUUCCACGAGGAUGAAGAAUUGGCUGAUUGGAAUGGACCUAUGCCAGACAGUGGGGUGAAAGUGCAUCGCAAGCAAUAG